GCCCAGGCCGCGGCGAGGUGGGGCCCGGCGUUUGCCCCGGAAGUGGCUGUCUGGAGCUGACAGCUGCUGAGAAGGUGGCGGCAGCGGCGGCCGGCCAGGAGCAAGAUGGCGCUGCGGCCAGGAACGGGAGCUGGCGGCAGCGGGGCCGCGGGAGCUGGCGCGGGGGCCGCCGGCGGAGGCAGCUUUAUGUUUCCGGUUGCAGGUGGAAUAAGACCCCCUCAAGCAGGAAUGAUGCCAAUGCAGCAACAAGGAUUUCCUAUGGUCUCAGUCAUGCAGCCUAACAUGCAAGGCAUGAUAGGAAUGAAUUACAGCUCUCAAAUGUCCCAAGGACCCAUUGCCAUGCAGGCAGGCAUACCAAUGGGACCAAUACCAGCAGGAGGAAUGCCUUACCUGGGACAAGCACCAUUCCUGGGGAUGCGUCCUCCAGGCCCACAGUACACUCCAGACAUGCAGAAGCAGUUUGCUGAAGAGCAGCAAAAACGAUUUGAACAACAGCAAAAGCUCUUAGAAGAAGAAAGAAAAAGACGCCAGUUUGAAGAGCAGAAGCAAAAGCUCAGACUUCUGAGUAGUGUGAAACCCAAGACAGGAGAGAAGAGUAGAGAUGAUGCUUUGGAAGCUAUUAAAGGAAACUUAGAUGGGUUCUCCAGAGAUGCUAAGAUGCACCCAACUCCAGCAUCACACCCUAAGAAACCAGAUUAUCCCACAUCAUCUCAUUCUACUAAAACUGUCUCCCCAUCACCUGCCUUUCUUGAUGAAGAAGAAUUCAGUGACUUUAUGCAGGGGCCUGUUGAAGUUCCCACAUGUGGGCCUUCUUCCACUUCCCAGCCUUUUCAGUCUUUCCAUCCCACCACCCCACUUGGCCAGUUGCAUACACAGAAGGCUGGAGCCCAGCCUCUCCCUCCAGGCCCUUCCUUGGAGGAGAAGCUCCUAGUAUCUUGUGAUAUAAGUACAUCUGGGCAGGAACAAAUUAAAUUAAAUACUUCUGAAGGUGGGCACAGAGCCCUAGGCCCAGGUUCCAGUAAAAACCACCCCAGUUUAACGGCCAAUACCGGGGGUGCUGUAGAUGGACGUGUAAGUGGUACCACUACGGCAGAGGCAGAAAAGACUUCAGACCAAAACCUGUCCAUUGAAGAGAGUGGUGUGGGAGUAUUUCCCUCACAGGAUCCUGUUCAGCCUAGAAUGCCUCCUUGGAUUUACAACGAGAGCUUGGUUCCAGAUGCCUAUAAGAAAAUUUUAGAAACCACAAUGACUCCAACUGGAAUAGAUACUGCUAAACUUUAUCCCAUUCUGAUGUCAUCUGGACUUCCCAGGGAAACUCUUGGACAGAUAUGGGCCUUGGCUAAUCGAACCACACCUGGCAAACUUACUAAAGAAGAACUUUAUACGGUUCUGGCCAUGAUAGCAGUAACACAGAGGGGUGUUCCUGCCAUAAGUCCGGAUGCUUUAAAUCAGUUUCCAGCAGCUCCUAUCCCAACUUUAAGUGGCUUUCCUAUGACCUUGCCUUCUGCGGUGAGUCAGCCGACGGGGAUGCCAUCAGGCCCUGCAGGCUCCAUGCCCCUCAACUUGGGACAGCCGGUCAUGGGCAUUAAUCUUGUUGGACCAGUCGGGGGAGCUGCAGCCCAGACUUCCAGUGGCUUCAUGUCAACUUACCCUGCAAAUCAGGUGGUAAAACCAGAAGAAGAUGACUUCCAGGAUUUUCAAGAUGCGUCUAAGUCAGGAUCCCUUGAUGACUCAUUCAGUGAUUUCCAAGAAUUGCCUGCUUCUUCAAAAACAAAUAAUUCUCAGCAUGGAAACAGUGCCCCUUCUUUGUUGAUGCCACUUCCUGGAACUAAAGCAUCAGCUUCAAUGGAUAAAUAUGCUGUGUUUAAAGGAAUUGCAGCUGACAAGUCCUCUGAAAAUACUGUUCCUUUUGGAGAACCUGGUGAUAAAUAUAGUGCUUUCAGAGAACUCGAACAGACAGCAGAGACUAAAUCUUUAGGGGAAAACUUUGCAGAAUUCAGAUCUGCGGGAACUGAUGAUGGUUUCACCGAUUUUAAAACUGCCGAUAGUAUCUCACCACUAGAGCCACCCACAAAAGACAAAACUUUUCCAGCAGCCUUCCCCUCAGGAACUAUCCAACAGAAACCACAGACCCAAGUGAAAAAUCCUCUGAACUUAGCAGACCUAGACAUGUUCUCCUCAGUUACCUCCAGCAGCGAGAAACCAUUGUCCUUUUCAACUGCAUUUAGUGCAUCAAAAUCCGUUUCCACACGACCCCAGCCAGCAGGUUCUGCUGCAACUAUGACAGCAUUGGCAUCAACUAAAACUUCUAGUUUGGCUGAUGAUUUUGGAGACUUCAACCUUUUUGGAGAAUAUUCUAGUCCAGCAUCUAUUGGGGAGCAGGAUGACUUUGCAGAUUUUAUGGCUUUCAGUAAUAGUUCUCUUUCCUCUGAGCAGAAGUCAGAUGACAAAUAUGAGGCCCUUAAAGAGGAAUCUAGUCCUGUCCCUCUAACCAGCAGUGCGAGCAGCACCGGGAAGAGUGGACAGAACUCAGCUGCCAUGUCCACCAAAUACGAUGUCUUCAAACAGCUCUCUCUGGAAGGACCGGGACUAGGUGUUGAAGAGCUGAAAGAGAACACUCCUUCAGGAAAGAGCGAUGAUGACUUUGCUGACUUCCACUCCAGCAAAUUGUCCUCCAUGAACUCGGACAAAUCCCUGGGAGAGAAAGCAGUGGCUUUCAGACACACCAAAGAAGAUUCAGCUUCGGUGAAGUCCCUGGAUCUCCCUUCCAUCGGGGGCAGCAGCGUCGGCAAGGAGGACUCUGAAGAUGCGCUCUCUGUUCAGUUUGACAUGAAACUGGCUGAUGUGGGAGGCGAUCUUAAGCAUGUCAUGUCUGAUAGCUCUUUGGAUUUGCCAACAGUUAGUGGCCAGCAUCCUCCUGCUGCAGAUAUAGAGGACUUAAAACAUGCUGCCUUUGGAACCUGCAGUAGCAAUUUGGCAGUGAGCACACUUACGAGCUGUGACUGGUCAGACAGGGAUGUUGCCUCUCAGGGCAGAAAACUCUUUCCAUUUGUCCUCCCAGCAGGAAGUGGAGCCUCGCCAGCUGCCUCCGUCCUUCAAAAGAAAGAGACGUCCUUCGGCAGUUCCGAAAGCCUCACCGUGACAUCCCUUUCCAAAGUCACGACCUUCGCAAGCGAGGACGCCCUUCCGGAGGCGACCUUUCCAGCCUUCGCCAAUUUUAAAGAGGUGAUUCCGCAGGCCGGCGAGCAAAAGGAGUAUGAAAGCGCGGACUUCAAGGAUUUCACCAGACAGGACCUGCCAGCAGCUGAGUGGAGCCAGGAGGCCGCGUGCCCAAGCCCAGCCUCCAGCAGCACUUCCCACGACACCCCCCGAGAGUGUGCCGAUGACUUCGGAGAGUUUCAAAGUGAAAAGCCCAAGAUCAGCAAGUUUGACUUCCUAGUGGCCAAUUCACAAGGCAAAAUGAAGUCCAGUGAGGAAAUGAUCCAAAGCGAGCUGGCAACCUUUGACCUUUCUGUUCAAGGAUCACACAAGAGGAGUCUGAGCCUUGGCGAUAAAGAAAUAAGCCGUUCUUCUCCUUCCCCGGCUUUGGAGCAGCCUUUCAGAGACCGCUCCAACACUCUGAGCGAGAAGCCUGCCCUGCCUGUCAUCCGCGACAAGUACAAAGACCUGACGGGGGAGGUGGAGGAGAAUGAGAGAUACGCUUAUGAAUGGCAGCGGUGUCUAGGGAGCGCCCUGGAGGUCAUUAAGAAGGCAAAUGAUACCUUAAACGGAAUCAGUAGUAGUUCUGUAUGCACAGAGGUAAUUCAGUCAGCUCAAGGCAUGGAGUAUUUAUUAGGUGUUGUUGAGGUGUACAGGGUAACCAAGCGAGUGGAGCUGGGGAUAAAAGCCACUGCAGUGUGCAGUGAGAAACUCCAGCAGCUGCUAAAGGACAUCGAUAAAGUAUGGAAUAACCUAAUCGGCUUCAUGUCACUCGCCACACUCACGCCUGAUGAAAAUUCCCUGGACUUUUCGUCCUGUAUGCUGCGGCCUGGGAUUAAAAAUGCUCAGGAGCUGGCUUGCGGGGUGUGCCUUUUAAACGUGGACUCCAGGAGCCGGGCUUUCAACUCAGAAACGGACAGCUUCAAGCUGGCAUAUGGAGGACACCAGUAUCACGCCAGCUGUGCCAACUUCUGGAUCAACUGCGUUGAACCAAAACCUCCUGGCCUCAUCCUGCCUGAUUUGCUCUGAAAGCUCCUCUGUGAAGUACCAGCCGGUUGUUUUGUGUUUUUUCCGUCACGCCCCUUGGGGUGACAGGGACCAAUAGAAUUCAAGUACUGCGGAGUCCCCCCCCAUCCGUCUACCUGAAGAAAACCUCCCAGUGUGGGGGGACAUGCUUGGAAGUUCCUAGUUUUCCCACAGACGACCUUUGUCCCCAAGCUCCCAAAGCCAGUCUUUGGGGUUUGAGGUAAAAUUGCCCUGCUCACUGCAUGUGGCCCUGGAAGUUUGCUGACUUAUCUCUAGUUCUCUUCAGAUGUUUAAAAAGAUGGACCAUGAUUUUCUCUAAGGAAGCAUUUGCUGCUGUGGUAUGGAAACUGAAGAAUUGACCUUGAAAGAAGAAUAAGUUAUUGCUGUAGGACUGGAAUUGGCAAGAAUGUUUUGAGCCAGUUUUUGUGUGUUAUCUAGAACACUCACUGUCCUGUGAAGUCGAAUGCAUUUGUCCACGUUUAGUUUGUUAAUAAUGCAAAUGAAUAAAAAGGGAGAAAUCGGGAUUAAACUGAAAUUCUUUUUAUAGAAAAAAUUCUGCUUCUCUCCAUUGGACAAGCAGGUAAGUAAAGGCAGACAUACCAACCUGUCGCCCCUGAACCACUUCUCCACUUUUCUAAGACUGUCCAACUUUUGAGAUGACCUUCUCAAAACAUGCUGCGAACUGUGCAGUGGAGAAGAAUGUUCGUCUCGAGGGAGGCCCAGAUCUUGGUGAAUCAGGAUGAGGAUCGUUGCCCUCGGGAGCCUUCGCUGAAAGCCUUGUUCUACCUCACACUGGGACAGGGAACAUGCUGGGGUUUUUUUCAGGCAAGAUUCGCAGAGGCAGCUGAAUGGAAUCUCUUUGCAGAGGCCUCUGUCCAGAUUUCCAGAAAUGACUGUGCAGGGACCGUGACCUGAAAAUUCACUGAGGGUUAGAAGGGGGAGCUCCUGGCCUAGCGAGAAAAGUGAGGCGUGUGUCUGUGGUGGAGGCACAUGACUUAGAAGCAGGGGAAGAAAAUUGUUCAAAAGCGGCACUGAAUUUUAGGAGGAAGAGGUUCAUGCCUAAGCUGGUAUUGAGAAUCUUGCCACUUCAACUGAAUGCAUAAAAUCGGGGGAGGGGGGGGAAGCCACUGUUGUUCCUGAGAAGAACACACCAAUCUAGGACACUUAUUUCUCUCAGUUGUUAAUUAUGCGCUUUAUGAAGAGAUUGUGAAUCUUAAGGGUUUCACUUUUAUGGCUUAAGCUCUCUGACCUUGACGUGGUUUUUAUUUGGAAACUGAAAAGGUUGGUUUUGUCUCUAGAAUUGCUGCUUUACCUAAUUAAUGAGGUCAUUUUCCCUCCUCAGGACAAAACUUGAGGAGAUGCUGUUUUGUCCCCCCUUCCUUCCGCCUUUUACUUCCAGCCUCUCCCAGGAAGUAGAGAACCUUUUCGUCCACACUCCUCGGGCCGGACGAGGCCUCUGCCCCGCCGUGCUGGUGCUGUGAGCUGGGAUGCACGGACGGGCAAAUGCUCAUGAGGUAAAUGGGCCAUCUCAUUGGAGAGCAGCUCCAGCUGCCAGUGACGGAUUCAGCAUCUCCAACUUGUUACCUUCAGAGCCUCUACCUGCCGCCCGUGGGGCCGGGGCCAGGGCCAGGGAGUGUAAGUGACAGUACAAGCGGGCCGGGGUCUAGCAGGCUUUGUCUGAGGCCUCUGGGCCCCUCUUGAGCCUGCGCAAGCACCUAGGGUUUUGACAUGGCACCAGAAUUCAAGCAGCCUUCUGUUCGGUCUUACACCUUCCACGACAGACCACGAUAACAGAAUCUACCUUUGCCACAAGAAUGCCUCCUACUUGGACAGAAUUUACAUCGCAGAGACAUUUUUUAAGAGAUGCGGUAUGGACUAUUAUUCUGUCACAGUGGUUCAUAUUGGUGACAUUUUUAAAAGCAUGCUCGCCUGUUAACUAGAUUUGUUUCCAUUUCUAGAUAUACUCCAGAAUGGCUCAGAUAAAAUUCCUAAUUAUUGCUGACCUUAUCAGGUAUGAUAGGUUUAAUCACUCCAUGGGAGGUGCAAGGGGGAAAGACAGCAGCCAUCGACAGAAAGCCCUUAUCAUGAAGAGUAUUCACUACUUUUAGUAUCUGUUUAGUAGUGGAAAUGUUUUAUAACGUCCACCAAUUAAGAUCUGGGGAGUGUGGAAUACUGUCGUGUUGAUUAUAUUGAUGCAGCUUUAUUAAAAUGACUCAACACUGCAUUCAGCUUCACCUUAGCUCUUGUUAGCCAAGAGCCCCGUGUCCUUGGAAACAGUAACCUUGGUUACUUCCAUACUGUGCAUUGUGCAAGCUGCUUCACUCCACUGCUUGAGUGGCAAUUAAUAAGCACUGUUUUGGUGUUGGAUCUUGCCUUUAAAAUGUUUGUGGCUUACGGUGUAAUUUUUGUCUGGACAUGCUUGAGGUAGAAGUAGCACAGGGUAUAUUAGGAUAUUAUCUAUGUUUUAUUCUGACUGUGGCUACUGGUUAGCACUCCAUAUAGGUUGUGUAUUUUAAAUUAUCUGAGUAUAUUUUGUGUGCAUAUACAUAGCUUUUAUUUACAGAGGCCUUCUACUUGCCUCUUGUGUAAUGACUAGUGUGUUUUUAAGCUUUGAAAAGUUUUUAGGACCUUUGUGUUAAAGAAAUCUGAAAUACUGGUUCUGCACUGCAUAUCACUACAAAAAUUCCCAGCACCUUCCAGGUCACACACCUUCCUUUGUAACUGUUAGCUAAUAAACUCUGACAUUUGGAGUAGAAAGGUGCUAGGCUUCCCAAGUGCUAAGAAUGCUCUAAGGUACAUCCUAGUAGUGGUGUUUGCAGGAUUUCUACAACAAAUUUUUCUUAAUUGCUAAGAAUAUGUCAACAGGUGUUUUGUUACUAUAUACAGUGAUCUUUGGAUGCUUAUCCAAAGACUACCAGGCUUAAGAGUUUGCCUUCAGGAGUUCCCAUCAUGGUGGCUCAGUGGUUAACGAAUCCGACUAAGAACCAUGAGGUUACAGGUUCAAUCCUCGGCCUUGCUCAGUGGAUUAAGGAUCCGGCAUUGCUGUGAGCUGUGGUGUAGGUGGCAGACGUGGCUUGGAUCCCGCAUUGCUGUGGCUCUGGCGUAGGCCGGUAGCAGCAGCUCCUACUGGACCCCUAGCCUGGGAACCUCCAUAUGCCCAGGGAGUGGACCUACAAAAGGCAAAAAGACAAAAAAAAAAAAAAAAGCUUGCCUUCAUACUAUAGAAGCCAUAGAUAGCCUCCAUAGCCAGAGGUUUUUCUAUUUAUUUAUUCAGCCACAUCCACAGCAGACCACAGUUCCUGGGACUGGAUCCACGCCACAGCAGCAACCUGAGCUGCUGCAGUGAUGAUGCUAUAUCCUUAACCCACUGUACCACAGGAGAGCUCCUUCUGAUUGAUUUUUGAUCAUGUGCUAAUGAGGCAUAUAUGGGUUGCUCUGAUUUCCCACAGAAAUUAUUUCAUUUUAAUUUUUCUAUUUAGAAAAAAAUGGUACAUGUUUAUAAAAGUGGGCAAAUUGUAUAAAAUAAAAGGAAGAAGUUAGAGGGAAACCAUCACCACAGACCAGGUAAAAUUCAAUAGUAUAAUUUAUAUAAAUUAUGCAGCCACUGGCAUUAUAUGUAGAGCUUCUUGCCAAAGUAGACCCAAAAUCUAGGAAAUUUCGCCACAGGGUAAGCAAGCUACAACCUACCUGGCAAAUGAAGUAAUAUAAGGCCGUGCUGGGACAAGUGACUCCCCCAUAAAAGGGGCAACGUGGUAACUCCCAGUGGUUUCCCAGGAGCUGGAAGAGAGAAGAGCUAAUAGGAACUUCUACCACGUUCCUGAUGUGCUGUCAAUUUAUGAGGAGCAGUGACAUUUCCAAGUUUGAACAAAGAAAACCAUUGUUCUCUGCUCAUCAUUUUGUAUCGAGUUUUGGUUUAGGGCAUGUUUGUAUAUGCCAGUAAGCACACCUUUUGUUAAAAACCAGUUUCUUUGAUGGCAGCCUCAGUGCUUUGCUACACUCCACUAACCAAGAGACAGCUGGAAACUGUACCUUUUCUUAGAGUGUACUUAUGUUGUUUUCUUCUGUUCUGACUUUGUAAAUGAUACUAAUAUCUGCCCAUCUGCAAGGCUAUGAAAGGUUGACAUUCACUGGGGUGUGUAGCUUAAGCUAUGUUCAUAAUUAUCACAGGAGCCAAAUUUCAGUAGUUACUGGAGAGUAUCUUCCAUCCACAACACACACACACACACACCCUGAAGUAUUUUUUUGACUCACCCAAGGCAUGCGGAAAUUCCGGAGCCAGGAGUCAAAGCUAUGUCACAGCAACAAUCCAAGCCACUGCAGUGACAAAACUGGAUGCUUAACCCACUGUGCCACAAGGGAACUCUACCUUGAAAUUCUUAUUAGUAAAAAUUCCAAUAUGAUAAGCAGGUAUAUUUAUUAAAAAUAAUGCUAAUAGAUAGUCCUGGGACACAUUGAUUCCAAGAGGGUGUUUGCAGCAGAUUUCAUUAUAAUUACUUAACAGCUAACUAAUAAAGGCUUGGUUUUUAAC